UAAGUGGAGAAGGAGUGGCAUACUGUUGGGCCAAAGAAACACUGAACUUUCUCACAGCUAGGUGCUAUGACUGUAGACUAAAAUUAUGUUUCACAAAGACACCCAGCUUCAACAAGGAAUACUGUGUGAGCAAAAACUGUAGGUGAAAUUGUUUCUGCUACAUGUAGCCUGUGUAAUGAUGAGAGCUGUAUCACUUAUCCAUUAUGUUUGGCAUGUGAACAGACUGACACAAGCAACUGUCACAAAGUACACAGGACAAGCAUUGUGCACAAGGCUUUUAAGCUCAGGAUGGGUGAAGCACCUGUCCUGGGAGACUGAUAAGUACAAUGGAAUCACUGUGGACCUUGACCAGUUGCCUGCGGCCAUCCCAGAUGGUGAAUUCAGGAAGUUACUUCAUGAAAGUUUACAUCUGUGGAGGGAUAACAAGUGUACUGCUGUUUGGCUGAGAGUGCCAAUUGGUCAUAGCAGACUUAUCUCCCUUGCUGCCAAAGACGGCUUUCUCUUCCACCAUGCAGAAAAUGACUUCUCCCUGCUGAAACUGUGGCUUCAGGAGGACUCCCAGAGUCUUUUACCAAGAUUCGCCACACACCAAGUUGGAGUGGCUGGAGCAGUGGUACGAGAGGAUGUGAGAGAAGUUUUAGUUAUUCAGGAUAAAAAUGUGACGCGUCCUAUGUGGAAGUUACCAGGAGGUGUGUCAGAUUUAGGAGAAGACAUAGCGGAAACUGCGAAAAGAGAAGUUCUAGAAGAGACGGGAAUUGAAUCUGAUUUCCAGUCGGUCCUAGCUUUUCGACAGCAACACCAGCAGCCCGGUGCUUUUGGACGGUCAGAUAUAUACGUUGUUUGUCGUAUGAGGCCAAAGACCUUUGAAAUCCAUCCCUGUCAAACAGAAAUCCUCAAAUGUCAGUGGAUGUCAGCCGAAACCUUACUUGAGUCCACUUCUACACCCAUAACCAAACGGCUCGCCAAGAUCAUCAUGUAUGGCUGUGAACAAGGCUUUGAUAAUGUAGACAUAACUCAGGAGAAAAUGAAAUCUAUACAUAAAGGCUUGACAUAUUACUUAUUCCACCGACCUCUGCCGGAUGAAUGGUGCCACUUGUGACAUAUUAAUUGUCAACAUGAAUAAACUAGUGUUUUCAACCUUUUCAUAUACUAGUAAUUGGAUUGCAUUUUGGUUUAGCACCUGUUUUUGCCUCAGGGUAGGCGGUUACUUCAUCAUUUAGGAUAGGCGGAAAACUCCUCAGGGUAGGCGGUUUCAGCCUCAUGUAGGAUAUGUGGUUACUUCUCUGAAUAGGUGGUUACUCCUAAGGUAGGCGGUUACUUCUAAGGUAGGCGGUUACUCCUCAGGGCAGGCGGUUACUAUAAGGUAUAAUCUGAAAUCAUGUUUCUUCACCCCUGACUUUCAUCACACAAUAAUAUACAUUACGAUAAACGAAUCAAUCGUUGACGAGGAACUGCGACAUCAGUUUAGCAUUAACUCUAUAUUAUAUUUGCUAUAAGUACACAGAAUAUUGUGACUAUAUUUAAUGAACCCAGAAAACAUGUGCAUCUGCAUCUAUAUUGACAAGACUGCAAGGAUUCACGAGGUAAAAUCAGUAUUUGUAGGGUGAACUGCAUGAAACACUCACGAAAAGGUCUAAUACUGCUGUACACGUUAAUAAAGUUGUUACCUUGGAAUAUGAAGGUAGCUCUUUACAAAUAAAUUGAAACAUUCAGAUUAUUUUAAUAGUUUAUGAAGUGAUAAUUUUCAUCGUGAGAACAAAAAAAUAUUGAAUUAAACGGUUCUUGCAUUAUAAAAUUGAAUAAAUACAAAGUGGGAGUCACCGAACUAUUUUGUCUAACAGAAGUGCAAAGUGCCUGUACACGAGAGUAAUACAGACUUAAUGCCGAUCGCUGUUAUUGAAAGGAAGGCAACAAAUUUUCUCAUAUAUUGGGCAGCAGGUCCUAAAAUGUCCUCAGUUCUAUUUGAUUUUUUGAUCCAUUAGUAUGUCGUAGACACCGAUCUGUCAGUCCGUGCUGGAGGAUAUGGAACAUUGCACAAGUUACAUAUUUAAUAAGUAGUACUAAAUACCAUCCGAAAAUGAGAUGCGUAUUUAUUGUUAUCUAGAUGGUUGCAAAAAUACUCUAAAAGUCAUGGCCGUCGGUUUAUGGACAUGUGUGAAGAAAUCGCCACAACAUGUAUAUAUUCAUUAAUAUAUCUUAUAAUGCGGACGUGGUAUAAGUAAAAUAUUCUUGAGUACGGCGUAAAACACCAAUCAAGGAAAUAAAUAAAUAUAACGUGGAUGUAGUGUAUAUGCAUUACAAGUAGAACAA